CAAAUUCCUUGAAAAAAAAAGAAGAAAGUUAGGUAACAGUUGAUGAUGUUUAUGUAUUUAUAAGAGUUUUAUUUAUUAACUGUAUCUGUGUCGGUUGUCCCGGGCCAUGGCUUUAGCUCGCUGCCGCUGUUGGUGCCGCCUCUGGGCGACGUUACCGCUCGUCCUGCUGCGGUGGCCCGGGCCGCUGGUGGCGGCGGAGCAGGUCGCUCUGGUGGAGGUGUUCCUGGAGCAGCGGCCCGUCGUCAGCGCGCUGCUCCAGGGGGAGGUGGUGGUGGAGUCCGGCAGGAGCGCCGAGGACCGGGAGGAGCUGCAGGGAGAACUGGUCCUGGUUCAAGUGGCCGAGGAGACGCAGGCGAGCGGAGGAGGAGGAGGAGGAGUAACGGGGGAGGACGACACCAAGGAGCAGGAGCUGUGGAUCGGGGUGGUGCCGCUGGAGGUGGACCAAAACAAAGCCUCCUCCACCGGACGCCAGGAGUCCUUCACCGACACCAUGGUCAAAAAAAUGAAGCGAGCGCUGGUCCUUGGGGCGUCUGCGCUGAUCAUUCUGGCUCUCAACCAGAAGACUGUCAGCGAGAUGGAUCUGUCGCAGGUGCUGUCCAAGCCCGUCAUCGUGAUCCAAACAUCUGAGAAUGUCACCAAGCUCAUCGGAGCUCUGCUCAGGGGCCUUCAAGCCACAGCGAAAAUUACCUACGAGACGAUCCUGCAGGACAACCUGGGAGCCACGCUCACGCUGUGGUCCAGCUGCGGCCGUGCGAGAGGAGGUCCCUACGGAGAGUGGCAGGGGGUCAUCUGCACGGGAGAGACCAACUCUCAGGUCCAGAAGUACCUGCAGCAGCUGUGGGACACGGUCCUCCUGGUGGCGCUGGUCCUCAGCACCGGGGUCAUCGUUCAGGCUCGCUGGCAGAACCAGAACCAGGACCAGCAGCGCAACGAGGACUCGGAGCUCUUCCCCAAACAGGACGUGCUGAAGACGAUGUCGUCCCUGAAGACCAAAACGUACCGGCGGCCCGACCCGCGGUGCGACCCGACCCAGCCGGUGGAGACGGACGACUGUGCGGUCUGCCUGGAGCCGUUCAACAACAACCAGUGUCUCCGGGUGCUGCCUUGUCUCCACGAGUACCACAGGGACUGUGUGGACCCCUGGCUGCUGCUGCAUCACACCUGUCCUCUGUGCAAGCGCAGCAUCAUCGGCAGCGCUCACAGAGACGGUUAACGUACGCCUCACGCCAUCGUUCUCUGAGCUCGCCGCUUCCUGCUCGCUGCUAACGGGACCUGGAAGAGAACCGGGUCAGACGUUGACCUCUGACAGUUCUUUGAAGCACCGUACGGGGUGCUGCUGUGUGUAUACAGAACUUCUUCCUGGGAUCAUGUGAACAUACGACUUUGUUUAAAAGUUUGUUUCUACGCGUGAAGACGAGACUCGUCACGGUAACGCCGCCUGCUGCGAGGCGUUCAGGUGUCAACUGGAACAUUCAAAGCUUUAUGGUUUACGGAGGGACGCGUUGACCUACUGGUCAGUGUUAAUGUCACUUUAGGUCCAAAUGAUGACAAUAACCAACUUAUUAACAUUGAUAAAACAAACAUGACCAAACUCAAAGUUUGAUAUUAAAUGCUAGUUGUUGAGGUUUAGUGGAGAAGAAACUGA